AUGUUUAUUAUUGCCUUAAUUGCAUUCCAAGACAUCAUCAUUCCACAGAUCAAGAAAGAACCAGAUGACAAGGAAAAACGCGCUAUUCAAUCAAAUUUCUUCUUUCAACCAUCAAAUCCAGUAACAGAUGAAAAUGACAACAAAAAAGAUGCUUUUCAAAAUCAAAAACGUGAACAAACUUGUAGUGGCCUGCAAACUAAUGGUUCACUUCAUAAGCUUUCAAAACAAACGACAGAUAAUGUUGAUGAAAAACCUUUGAUCGAAUACGUUUUAGUUGCUGCUUUAUGCAUUCUUCUUAACUUCGGAUCAUACGCGGGCGUUAGAAUUAUGUUUGAUUUUAUUCUAUCAGUAUAA